UUUACAAGUUAGCCCUUGACUACAAUCUCACCUGAUGGUAAGUGAUGAUGCAGUCUAAGAUGGAAGCGGGCUACCUUGUCAAGGAGGAGGAUGAAUAUCCACACCCCUUUCGGUUUCUACACGGCAUCGUACCGGAACGCUAAAUCGCUUGGCGGUACGUCUUUGCCGGUAUGGUUGUAACUAGCCACGGCCAAAGCCUCCCACCAGCCAGACCUGGACAAAUUAAGCAAAUCUCAAUCUGCCCAGCCGGGGAUCGAACCCAGGACCUUGUAAAUCCACCGCGCAUACCACUGCGCCACGGAGGCAGUCAAAAAAGUCUUUAAGUAUAUGGUUCAGCGCUAAAUUCUAUUAGGUACUUACGAGUACAUACCAAUUUGAAGAGUAAGUAAGCUCCAACUCGAUUUACUAAAACACAGGAGCGUAGCUACCGCCUUAUCAGCCGAGUCAAUGAUACGGGGCAUCCGGAUUACAGGGCCCUAACACAGAAAAGAUAUUACAACCAGUAGUUGGACUUCAUACUAGAGGUCGAAACGCGAGCUAUACCUACGCUCCUUGAACAUGGGGUGAUCGUAGGGUGAAGACAGUCGCGACUGUGCCGCGGUGACGAACGAACGCACGGUGUAUUAACAGAGUAAAGUGUAUUAAUAGUAUUAGAUUUUUUUAAUUAUGACCAGUAGGAAAUACUGUGCCGUUUUUGGAUGCAUGAAUUCAAAAUUAUCCCAUCCAGAGAUAACUUUUUUUUAAGUUACCUGGAAACUCUGAAAGGUUAACUUUAAAAUAAAUUUACUUAUUAGUAGUGUGGAGGUAAUACCUAGAUGGCAUCACCGAAAUAAAUAUGUUUAAGAAUACGACCAAUCCUUCAAGAUCAUUGACGUAGUAUCAGCCUUAAUUAAAUCAACCAAUCAAAAAACACGCAUUUUUAUUUAUCACUUCCCAUUUUACUACAAUUUACAAAGUAUUUUAUUUGUUUAUAUAAAAAAAGUUUAUUUACAAUCACAAAACUAAGUGGAAACACAAAGUUAGCAAAUGUAAUUAAAUUGCUGCAUGCGGGCAGCCCUAUGACAUGUUUACGUACCGCGCGGCUGUAGGUAUUUAUUUCAAAAAUACGGCCGAGUUAUUAUACUGCUUGUAAUAUCUUUACUGUGGCCCUAACGUGUGAAACAAAAUAUAAGUAAAAUGUCACUGAAUAUGGUGCUUUCCAGAAAGAAAAAAGCAAAAAAUGACAAACGUAAAACAAGCAAUCUCUUUGUUUUCCGGGCUAAGGCGAGCACCCAAAUGUUGGAGACAUCCUACAUGGGUUAAAAAGUCACUGUUUUAUUUAUUUUAAGCAAGCGUUAUUUUUUUGUGAAAAAUGUACCUACCAUUUAUUUGGUCCCUCCAAACUAAUUUUUAUACAGGGCUUCUUCAAAGCACGCUACGCCCCGGUUAAAACAGCAAUGUUGCUAAUUGAUUACUAAUUUACUAUUAGGCACUUAAUGUAGGAUCACCGAAAGUAUUAUAAGUAGACAAGGUCUUUAUCCAAAUUGUUCGAUGGAUUUCAGAUUAUUACAGGUAACAGUGGAAACACAGACGGCAUUCGCAUAAAGCUUCGCGCACUGUUGGUAGGCCUUUUAGGUGUCUCGAUGUCGGCCUGCGCUUUGGCCUCGCAGCCCGUGGAGUUGGAACUUGAUGAUGAGGAGGUCACUCAGAGGCUCAGCAAUGUUAGCUUUGCUCGAAGGAUAACCAAACCGACCAUUCGCCUUGUGAUGGGCUAUAGCAAACUAAGUGCAUUUGUCACCGGCGUUACCUCUCUCCUUCUGCUCUUAGCCGUUAUGUCCAAGCAAUCAUGGUGGAACCGUGGUGCCCGUUGGCUCGCGGCGCCAGCGCUGCUUGUGGCCGCGUUGGAGAUAGCGUCGGACGCGAGCGACGCCAUACUAGCCGCCGUGCUGCGGGGCGCCUCCUCCCCCGCCCUGGUGGCUGUGCAGACUGUUGCCGCUUGCUUCCUCAUCACUGUUGAAAUACUUGUCUGGUAUUUCAUAGCGAAAUUAUUUGAAUACAACCCGCCUUCACUGCCGACGGUACUGAAGAAGGAUAGUUUUAUUAAAAAUCCAGAUAUGUCACCCCCUCAAUGAUUUUCCACGAAUGUCUUUCCAACGUGCAAUUCUGCGUUAUUUAUACUUUUUUAUUUUCUUACAAUAAACCAAACAAU